GGCUGCACUAUUCAAAAAUUAUCAUUCAACAGUUGUUUGAUGCAAAUUGAACAGCUACCAAACAAUUCUUUUACCAUGAAGCUGUUCGCCGCUGUCGUGAUUGGAUUUGUAGCCUUAGCUGGCUCACAAGCCCAUUCGACUCAUCAUCAUCAUGAUACACAAACUGAAAUUGGACAUAACACUCAAGAAUAUACAAAUGAUCGUUACGUCCAGUACAAUAGCAACAAUGGUGCAAAUCAAUACCAACAACUCAACGAAGAAUUGAACCAACAGCGCAACAUCAACCAGGAAAGCUCUAAUGAGAGGUUUUUGAACAAUCAAAACCAACAAAACAACCAAGACUUGAAUGAGUUCAGCGAGUCUAACUGGAAUAUCCAAGCUCCUAGUCGUUCGAUGAAGAAGAACAGUCAAAACCAAGCAAUUAAAACCAACAGCCACGAGGUAUUCCAAAGCGAGAAUCAGUGGAGUAAAUCCCAAACUUCCAGAAACUUCAACCAACAAAGCCAAGAGGAAGUUAACCAACAAACGUCCAACAACAAAAAUCGUGCAAGUCAAAACUAUGGAUCAUCAGACUCUUCCCAAGAAGAUUACGUUAAGGACCACCAUAAUAAUGAUUUGUCCAACGAAAUUGGACUUCAGGUUGCACAGAAAAUGGUUAGAUUCUUUACCAUCAUGGAUAAAUAUACUGCAAGUAACGGAACCAUCCAAACCAACCAAGCUCAUGAAUCAUUCGCCUUAAGACAACACGCUAUGCCAAUGCAUCAUCAACAGUACCUUAAUAUCAACGAGAGCAAUGUAUACGGUCUCAACCACGGUGUCAUCAAGUCCAUGUAUUUAAACACAGAGAGGAAUUGCGUUGAUUUGGAAUACUUCUUUCAAAGUUUGUGGGUGAAGGCUAAAUUCAACGCCAACGAAGGACUUAAAAAAUCUUUCAAUUUGAAUUUGUUCAACACCGAAAUGGACGUGUCCACCGAAUUAGAAAACCCCAACCGCAACUACGCCCAUUCCCGCAAUGGAAAUACCCAACUUGUGUUCAAAAACAUCGAAGAUUCUUCUGAUAACCAAUUGAUCAAGGAAAUAAUUGAAAACAAUUACGUUAAACUAUUAAACUCAGAAAUUGAAAGUGAAAUGAUCCGCAACUCUUACAACGAUUUGGUCGGAUGUUUAAGAUCUGAAAUCGAAUCUACCUUUGAAAUGCCAUUGAACAAAAAACUCAGUUUAGACAUUGAAAACAAGAAAACUCAACUCUCCGUUUCUUUUGUAAAAUCUCACUCAUGGAACGACGAUCAAUCCAGCUAUCAAUUCAAAAAACAGAAGACAGUCCAGUACGUCGCUUUCCGUCAAAACCAAUCUGGAAACGGUUACAAAUUGAAAGUCAAGGUUUUGUUGGCUAAACAGCCCACUUGGGAAUCCGAUAUUGUUGCUCAAAAAUUAAACCAAAAGAUCAACAUAAACAACGUAAAAUUCACCGCUAAAAACAUUGUUGCUAGUGCCGUCAUGAAACGCGUACCACUGGAUAACGGUGCUUACAAAUUCAACGUCGAGGAAGCCAACAUUAAAUUGGAAGGUCUCAGAUACGAUAUUGGAAAAUUCGAUCUACCAAAAAACACUAACGAAAAAUUAGCAAGGGAGAUUGGACAAAAUCUACAGAAAAUCAUGGAGAACGGCAUGAGCGCUGCUCUGCGACAACAGUUGUACCAACAACAACAAAUCUGCAAACAACGCCCAAUGGACUGCAACAGCUGCAGCCGAAACCAAUUCAACCAACAAUAAACAGCGAAAUUGAUUAAUCAUAAUUUAUAACAUAUUAUGUGAUUUCAUAUGUCGUCUAUAAAUAAAAAAUAGCAAUAGAAAAUAUUA